AUGACAAACAAGGAGACAUGUGAUGGAUUGCAUCAGAAUCUAAAAUCCACAAAUAUGAAGAAAACGGUAGCGGUGGUGGGCUAUAGGGGUAGUGGUUAUGUUGAUCAUGGAGAAGGUGGUUGUGGUGGUGGCGAAGGUGGUGGAAGCGGCAAUAACAGUGGCAGAGGUGGUGACGGUGAUGCUAGGUCGGUGAUUGUGAAAACGGUAGCGGUGGUGGGCUAUAGGGGUAGUGGUUAUGUUGAUCAUGGCGAAGGUGGUUGUGGUGGUGGCGAAGGUGGUGGAAGCGGCAAUAACAGUGGCAGAGGUGGUGAUGGUGAUGCUAGAUGA